CAUUCAACAACACCUAAAAUUGUGAGAUGCUCAAAAUGGCAUCAAACCCGCCGAAACGAAAGCUAAUCAAGGGACCGCUAAGACUACCUCAGCGCAAGCUCGCCGCUCCCUCGUACACCCAAGCUCCCGUCUCGAAGAACGAGAUAUCCAUUGACACGCCUGGAACCAAGCGAGUCGAGUUCAGAGAGGUUUCUUUAACUUCGCUUCCACAGCCAUUCGUGAACCCGGUUGAUGCCUUUGGGUAUUCCAAGCCUCACACCUCAUGAGUGCACGGCUGCAGACCAAAUCCAAUCUGCAAGUUCCGCCGCCCUCUCUGGGAUGGUAUCGAUAUCGCGACCUUGCAUAUAGCAAAGGAAGAUAUAGCUACAUGCUACAACCAACUGUUACCUUGCUUGCUUUGUCCUCUGCGCUAUAUUGAAAGCGACAGGUGUCCACACUGGCCUGACCAGGCCAGACUGCCCCGAAUGCCAACACGACGUUUACGGCACCAAGGACUGACAGCUGCUGUUCACCCGGCCCAAAUACCCACCCAGUCCUACACCCCUCACCUAG